GUGUUCACUUCCUUUUAACUACUCCGACAGACAAGUGAUUCCUUAUUAUAUUUGUUUUGAACUACGUACUAAGAUUGAAUAGAGUGGUGAAUUUUUUGCUCAGUCUAAAAUGGAACUAUUGAGUAAAUCCUUUAAUUUUAUAUUUUCAAUCGGAGAUCCACGAAUCAAAGAUUCGAUAUUAUUUAAUCCAUCGGUGGUCAUCUCUCUUCUCUUUUCAUAUCUCUAUUUCGUUUUCGUUUGUGGUCCGCGAUUUAUGAAAAAUAAGCAACCGUUUUCGUUGAAAACAUUUAUAAGAUGUUACGAUAUUUUUCAAAUCGUAGUGAACAGUUUUAUUGUGUAUAAACUCAUAAAGGGCGGUUGGUUUACCAAGUUGUCGAUAUUUUGCGAACCUAUCGUUUAUAAUACAGAUCCUGCUAAUAUGGAGCUGUUGAAUGCCUGCUGGUGGGCCUGCUUAACAAAAUUUAUUGAUCUAAUAGAAACAGGAAUAUUUGUACUCCGAAAGAAGGAUAGCCAAAUUUCAUUUCUGCAUUUGUACCACCAUAUUUCGACUGUAUUAAUUAGUUGGAUUUUUGGAAAACACUACGCCGCUGGAAUGGCUACUUUUUUACCAUUAGUGAAUUGCAGUAUUCACGUAAUAAUGUACACUUAUUAUUUUCUUAGUACAUGUGGUCCAAGUUUCCAGAAGAUUAUUCAUCGUUAUAAAUUUUUACUUACCAUUACUCAAAUGGUACAAUUCGUAAUAUUGAUUUGCUACGCCUUGCAAUCGUUCUCACCAAACUGUAAUAUAGAUUAUAUUCCUAGUAUUAUAAUGAUUAUUAAUCUCUUGAUUAAUUUCGUUUUAUUCUAUGAUUUCUACAAGAAAACCUAUGUGGUUAAACAAGCGAAGCAGAGUUAAUGUAAAAAUGCCAAAUCUACAUAAGCUUCACUUUUUACUAUUUAUUACUUUUAAUUUAAUUACUUUUAACUAAUAUAAAAAUUAAUAAACGCGUAAGAUGAUUUAUUACUUCAGUCUAAUAUUGAGAGAUAUGAAAAAGCAAGUUCUUAAAUGGAAUAAUAUACUAUUUAUUGAAAAUGUCUGUACAGUGCGAUAGAAGUGUAUCAGGAUAUUUUCGAAUACGGACAGAAUUACUUGGUACGUAGUCAAUAUUAAAUUUGAAUGAAAUCAAAUGGUCGUAAGAUCUAUGGUUUUAUAUUUUCGCAUAAUUUCUUUUUAUAUACACUUUUGUGUGGAAGUAAAAUAUGAGCAAUAAAAAUUUUGUGUAUGUUA